UUUUGAUAUCAGAGAUGGAAGGUAAAUGAUAUCUCUAAUUAGAAAUCUAUAAAUGCUCGCAAAAUAAAUUCUUUAUUGUUUAAUACAGAUCUAAAGCUUAAGCUGACUCAAGUCUAAAAAACAAAGUGAUCUUAAUACAAAAAAAAAAUAAUAAAUAAAUUAAUCGUGCUUUGGAUAAGUCAAAAUAAGUGGGAAUAUUUUUAAGUUGUUUGGAUGAAAAAUCAUUCCUUGCAUUCGGAAUUUUAUAAAAAUAAUGUAUUGAACUUGAUCACUUAACUGUAUAACCUCGUAUUAACAAAUUAGGAAGAUUAAAAUCUAAAUCUUAGUAUUUUUUAAGGAAAUUAAGAAUCAUUUUUUAAAGUUGAUUGGACUUUAAAAGGUUUGCUGAGCUAUGAAAAAACACAAAAUAUCAAAAAUGAUUUGAACGAAUAAUUUUCGGUUAGUUAAUCUAAAGAAGUUUAAGAAUUAUCAAAUUUAAUUGCUGAAGAGGUUAAGAUAUAUAGUAAUUUAAGCUUUAUUCACUUUUACGAAAAUAAAAACCUCAUAUUCCAUAGUAGAUCGAUGAUUCAAAAACAAGAAUAAAAAAAAAAAGUUAAAGUAGAAGUAGAAGUCGAAAUAGAGAAAGAGAAAGAGAGAAAUCUUAUGAUAAGAGAAGAUAAAGCAAAGAUACAAAUGAUGACAGAGAAAGAAAAUAAAAACAAAAUUAUAGAGAAGAUAGUUAUAGAAGUAGUUAUGAUAGACACAAAAAAACUAGAAGAAGUUCAGAUAGAAAGAAUAAGGAUAGAAGGAGUAGAGAUAGUAAAAGGAAUAAAAGGAGAACCUAAGAUAUGAAAAGUGAAGAUAGAAAAAAUAGAGAUAAAAAAAAUAGAAGUAGUUAAAAUAAAUGGCAAUUUCAUUAAGAGUUUGUUGAUGACAGUUAAGUAAUACAUAAUAGAUAUAGAAUAAGUGCAUGCUGAGGUAAAAUUAAAAGAAUAAGACAUUUUGGAAAAAGAAAAAAAUUUAAGAGAAAUAUGUGAGAGAGAAAGAGCUAAAGAAUAAAGAGAAUAAAGAUUUAGAGAAUUUUAGAAAAAAACUGAUAAAAUAAAUACUUAAUUACCUAUAGAUUGGGAAAGAGAAAAAAGAAUUCAAUAUGAAUAAGAUCAAGCCAAAUAAAAAGAUAAAAUUUAGAAUAAAAAUUAGGAAAGAGAAGGGGAGAAGGCAAAAGAAAAAGAAAGGGAAAAAGACAAAUACAAAGAUAGAGAAAAAUAAUUAAAGGAAAAAGAAUAUGAAAGAGAAAAAGAAAAAGAGAGAUAAAAUGAAAAAGAAAAAUAUAGACAUGAAAAAAAAGAUUAAAAUUAAUAAUCUAAAGAUAAGAAUAUUCAUCGUUAUGAAGAUAAAUAGAGAAGAAAUUCAAGAGAUAGAUCAAGAGAUAAAUCACAUUAUGAGAAUGAUAGAGGAGAUAGAGAAAAAAGAUCCAAAAAUAAUAGAUCAGAAAAAAAACAUAAAACAAAUAAGUUAGGAUUAAAAUCAUACUUUUCUCGAAACAAGUCUUCAUCCUUAGAAAGUUAAAAUAAAAGAGAGAUUGAACUAAAAAAAUCAGAAAAUUCUAAUUUAUAAAUUUAAAAGUAUUAAGAAGAUUUCAAAAUGAAAAGAGAAUAUUAAUAUCAAGAUGAAUUUUAUAGCAAAUCUGUAUCAUUAUCUCCUCACUAAGAAAUAAUCUAAAAAUAAAUAGAUAUUUUAGAUCCAGUUAAAAUUCCUGAUAAAAUUAAAAGUUCCCCUGUUUAAGUACAUUUACAAUAGUAAACUUAAAUACCUUAGCUUGAAGUUUUAUCAGUUCCUCAAUAGAAUCAAUAGAUUUAAAUUUUAGUUGAAAAAAAAGAAGAAUUUCCUGAGAUAGUAAUAUAAAAGAAUAAUAAAAGAGUAUUGGUAGUAAAUUAAGAUAAAUAAUAACCAAUUUAAGAAAUAAAUAUCACAACAUAGUAUGGUUCUAUGAAAAUCAUUAAAUGUGCUUAAAGCAAUAACAACCAAAUAAUUUCAGCGUAAAAGCAAACUAUCUAAAUUCAUUAAAGUGGUUCAGAAAAAAUUAAGGAUCGUAUCCUAAUUAAAAAUAAUUGAGAAUUCAUAUACAAG